CUUUUUCGCUUCAAUCUUUCGGUAGUGCUCAAAAAAUGGCGAGUCGUGGUCAAAAUCGUCGUGCGACACAAGAAGUCGAUAAUACCAUUUCGUACGUCCAGUGCGAUGGCCUGGCUGCGAUGAAAAUGGUGAAACAUUGCCACGAAGAAUCGUUGAGCAACAUGGAGGUGGCCCAGGGUGCCCUGCUCGGUCUGGUCGUGGACGAUCGUUUGGAAAUCACCAACUGUUUUCCGUUUCCGAAGUCGUCUGACGAAACCAUCGACGAGGAAGAGUAUCAGCUGAACAUGAUGCGUCGUCUUCGGUUGGUCAACGUAGAUCACUUCCACGUGGGAUGGUACCAAAGUGCCGAUGUGGGCAACUUUUUGUCUUUGCCGCUGCUGGAAUCGCAGUAUCACUACCAGACCAGUAUCGAGGAAUCGGUGGUGGUUAUCUACGAUACGCAAAAAUCGAAGCGAGGUUUCCUGACGCUGAAGGCCUAUCGGUUGACCCCGCAGGCCAUCGCCAUGUACAAGGAAGGUGAAUUUACACCUGAAGCCCUUCGCAAUCUGAAGGUGGGCUACGAGAACCUGUUCAUCGAGGUUCCGAUUGUGCUGAAGAACUCGGCUCUUUGCAACAUCAUGAUGUCGGAGUUGGUCGAAAUGGUUCCGGAAGAGGAGGGAACUCAUUUCCUGGAUCUGGGCACGGCCGGAGUACUCGAGAACCACUUGCGCUGUUUGAUGGAUCGCGUUGAUGAACUUAAUCAGGAAGCUAACAAAUUCAACAAGUAUCAGCAAUUGGUGAUCCGCCAGGAACAGGACAAGCAUCGCAUGCUGGCUAGGCACGCACAGGAAAAUGCGGCACGUAUCGCCAAGGGCGAACCUGCCCUACCGGAGGAAGAAGUCACGAAAUUGUACCGUCCGCUGCCGGUUCCACCCAGGCUGAACCCGAUGAUCGUGUCCGGUCAAAUCAACACCUACGCCCAGCACAUUUCCCAAUUCUGUUCCCAAUCGUUGGCCAAACUGUACAUGACUCAGGCCCUGCAGGGUGCCAAGGAUACCAAGAUGUAGAGUGGGAGCGGCUAGUGAAUGUGAGUGUUAUUUGAAAAUUUCAUAUUUGAUUGAACACAAACAAACAACCGAGAUAAAGUAAAAGGACAGUAUCUAAGAAAGAAUUCCGAGGACAAUAUUGAUAGUAGUGUGAAAGUGUAAAUUUUCGACACCCGGGGAAGUGGGAGUGUACCCGAAGAGAUAACUCUUCCGAAUAAAACGGAGUCAACCGGCAUUGGUCCUGCAGAACAUCGAAGGACGCAAUCGUA